AUGCAACGUCUAAGCCAUGAGUGGGGGGGUCGGUGUGACGCUAAAUACGAAGGCUCACGACAUCGAGGCGAUGUUUACGGUGCUAUGGAGGAGUUCACGAUAGAUGCUAUCACCUGCGCUGCAUGCUCACACACCGCGGACGCGCGGCGACCACUUAAACGGAGCGGUGAACAUCAGCAAAGGUGGUACGUGAGCGAUUGCGCGCGUGAGGCAUGCGCGCCACCAACAACCACAAAGCCAAUGAGGAGCGAAACGAAUGUACAGGCUGACGACUCACCGAAA